AAAAACACACGUCAACCACUGCAGACCAGCACUGCACGGCGAAAGCAGCAGGCCUAUGAGGAUCCACAGGAAGCUUGUCAGAUACAGACUGCUCACUCUUAAUUAUCUCAGUGGCAGCUGCAGAGACCCGACGAGAUCCGAACGCAAAAUGCGCCAAUUAUCCGCAAGAGACGGAUGUGCGGUCGUGCGUGUUCCGAGCAAUACAUUUGAAUGAAAUCAUAGGUUUUAGAACGCGGUCGCUUAUCUGUUGAUGAUCGUAUUAGUUAGAAGAACGUGUAGUUGUCUUCUCUUUAUAUAAUCUUUUUUUUUUUUGUACCGAGAGUUGGAUGCCUCGUGGACGGGGAUUAUUAUUUUGGCGAGGAGAUCUCUAGUGCUCUCCCUCCUCCCUGCAUCCGUUGCCGUCCUCAACGGCAGGCACGGAGACUCAGACGGCGGAUAUCUGAGUGCAGCAACGCUGUAAACAAACAAGGGGCCGUUUUAAUGAAAUCAAGCGCCGCUGCAUCCCGGUUGAAGCCUUCAGUUAGCAAUGUGCCUGAGAAUCCUCCAGCUGCUCUUCCGUGCUUUUUCUUUUGAGAAUGGGAUCGUAGUGAAACUCUCUGGGAUUUAGAACAACUGCAAGCAUGUUGCAGCCUUCCACCAGAACAGGUGACAGCCUGUUGGAAACAUUACCUCACUGGAGUAAGUCCCAGAGAUGGGCCUUAUUUCUCACCCUCUGUGCGACUCUCCUCUGGCUCCCAGAGGCAGCGGGUUCUACACUAAAUUGCCAUAAGAUGUGCAUCUGCGCCGCGAACAUCGUCAGCUGCUCCAAAAUGAAUCUGACCAUCGUCCCGACUGGUCUACCUCUCUACACUUCUGUGCUGGAUGUCAGCUAUAAUGAGAUAAUCCGACUGCAAUCUGAGUGGACCCCUGUCAAGCUCCCGAAUCUGCAUAACCUCCUGCUUAGUCACAAUGGUCUCCAGUUCCUGUCUUCAGAGGCGUUCACAAAUGUGAAGCACCUGCGCUACUUGGACCUGUCCUCUAAUGAGUUAAAGCAGCUGGAUGAGUUCAUCUUUGAGCCUUUGGUCAACCUAGAAGUCCUCCUGCUGUACAAUAAUAAGAUUUCACAGAUUGACCGCACAGCCUUUGUGAGCAUGAUUAACCUUCAGAAGCUGUACCUUAGCCAGAACCAAAUCUCCCGCUUCCCUGUGGAGCUGGUCAAAGAAAAGACCCGCCUAGAGAAACUCAGCCUCCUGGACGUAUCCACCAACAGGAUCAAGAUUUUGCCCAUUGACGAGCUCCAGGUGUUGCCCGCCUGGAUUAAAAAUGGCCUCUACUUCCACAGUAACCCUCUGCUGUGCCACUGUGACCUUUACACCCUCCUGGUACACUGGUACAUGCGAAAGCUCAAUUCUGCUGUGGACUUUAAAGACGACUACACUUGUGUUUUACCUGGCCCACAAAAAACCCAAGCACGCGUUUUUGACCUCAGCGGUGAUAGUAUGAACUGCAGCACAUUCAAGGAGGCAGAUGAAGAGGCUUUUCUGGAGCAAACACUGAUUCUUAGCUGCGACACCAAACACAGAAAUAUGUUAAAGACCUGGACAUUGCCCAGUAAUGUUCUGGUGACACCUGGGAGCAACCAGACAGCUAAAGUGCUGUCAGAUGGGAGUCUGCAGAUUAGUUCAGUGAGGUCUGAGGACUCUGGGACCUACACUUGCUUUGCCACGAGUGAGAGCUUUAAUGAGACUAUCUACGUAGUGCUCAAGGUUCACAAUUUCACCAUGCAGGGGGCUGGGGAGACCCUGAACACAGCAUACACCACCUUGGUAGGUUGCCUGGCCAGUGUGGUGCUGGUGCUUAUGUAUCUUUACCUGACACCAUGUCGCUGUUUCUGCUGCCCUAACAAGGGUAAAACUCGGGGUGAGGACAGCAUCCACUCCUCAAUGCUGAGUGUGACACCGACCCACGAGGACCCGGCACUCAAGGCCGAACUGAACAGGCAUGUGGCUUUCAUAGACUCCAAGGACUUGCAGGGACAAAAUGGUAAGCUGAACCCCAAUGGGGAUGAGGAUGAUGACGAUGAUGAUCUGGAUGCAGAGGCUGGUUCUCUAAUGAAGGGCAAAAGGAAGAAGUCAGUGGCAGAGUCCAUCAGCUCCGUGUUUUCAGACACUCCCAUGGUGGUCUGAGAUGAGACUGGCAAAGACAGUGGAUGCCACAUGACUGGAUGUAGGUGAUACAACGUGAGCCAUGUUUUAGUUCAUGUGAACUGUGACCUUGUGGGAGAAAACUGCCGAGAAAUGUUCACCUGCGGUCGCUGGCAAGUGAAAGUAGGAUUUCAAAGGGAGUAAAAAUCAAACUGUCUCAUUGUCAAAAAGGACAAUAGGCAGAACUUUUCCAGCAUUUUGAUCUGUAGCACUUAAUAUUCAUACUGUGAAGGAAUAUCAGUGUAGAUGGAAAGGGAAAACUAAGAGUCUUACGAGAGCGAAACGUAGAUGUUCUGUCGUUGACGUCAGCACUCAGGAAGUGAUCAAUAAAACUGAAAAAGUUGGGAAAAUAAAAGGCAUAGACGGAAAUUAGAUGUAAGAAGAAUUUUAGUUCACAAAUAGUAUAUAUACUGAAUCCAUGGGUAGCUCAUAAUUAUAUUUAUUAUUAAGGAUUAGAAUAGCUUGUAUUGUAAGUAAACAUUAGAGCACAGAUUCAUGUACCUCUCCUCUAUCAAGGAGAAAGAGAUUUAGACUGACUGACGUCACUAGGCUAUGAAUACAUUUGACCUUAACCUUGAGUCCUCUAUAGUAAAACAGCACGCCAUAAAACAAUGUUAUCCGAGAUCCCAGCCUGAACUGGAUGAGUAAGAUAAAGAAGGAUACAGAUUUUUCAGAUGUUUAGUCAUUCACUGAGGUAGCACAAACCACCACAGGUCAUAUUCAUCCUACGUCAUACUCCAGCAGCUAUAUGUUAAGGGAAUCAGUUUAAAAAACUGCCAACUAACUCCAGGCUAAUUAUUUUUCACAAAUGAAUUGUCAUCAAAAACGUUGCCUCUUAGUUGCUGCACAGUAUAACCCAAAAGAAACAUUUGCAGUCUUACACAAUUAAAAGCAGCGAGCACCUCCAACAGAUACACAUUAGGUGCAGGGAAGUAUUUUGUUAUGACUGAUUAUCAACAGAUCGUCUGAAUUCUGUAUACAGAAAGGUGCCACACUCCUUACAAGGAUGACAAGGCUUCUGUUUGUUGUCCACCGAGGUGCCACUUGCCGUCAAGUUUGACUCCUUCUCCCGGUCAAGUUACAGGAUUAGUUUCUGUCAGCCGCAACAUUAAAAAAAAAAAAAAAGCUGCAGAGUUUAUUUUAUUGCAUUUUUGCACCUUGCACAAAACCCCGGAAUAGCACAAAUUUCUACCCAUACAUCUUAAACUUUGUCAUAAAGUAUUUCAUCUUGCAUUUUGCUCAGAUGGGCAGAUCCUCAUAUCACAGAAAAUGUAGCUGUUUGUUAUGGUGGUUAGAAAGUGAUCUAGGUUGUAUUAACAGGUAAACAUUGAAGGCUGAAUAACAAUAAAAACUCUCCUGACUCCACCAGAAAAUUAAGCUUAUGUGUAAUAUGAGGCUGUGCAUAAUUUGACAAGAAAAGGCUCAUUUUAGUGCUUGUGGCUGCUGACAGGAAAUUUUCUGUUAACACAGGGGACCCGGGAUCUUUUGAAAAGAUCCCUUUGCCAGCACAUGUUACUGAAUUAACUGUAAAAGUAAUUUCAUGUGCAAGACACCUGGUGUGCGGUGCAUAUUUCAUUAACAACUUUUAAACAGGAGACUGUCUCUUAGCAAAAACAAGAAAGAUUUCAUUAACGUACGCGGUGUUCAUGACAUAAUACAACAAGGCCAGCCUGGCGUAAAUGCUAAUUGCUUCCUUUGAUGGGAUGUAGCGUCCCUCUUCUUUCUGUGUCUUUGUCUCUUUGAGCUGAAGGGGAUUGGUGUGUUAUCAUGAGUCACAGCAACACAAACCCAUUCUCCCUGGCUCUCUGUAUACCGACAGCCACAAUUCAGCCCAGAUGUGUUUGCUUUGUUUGUGUACCUCUGUCAUUGAAGCUGCCCUUACUUAGUUCAAAAGCAAUCGUUCAACUAGGAAAUGAAUGCAACGCCCUUUAGGUAGUCCGCAGCUUGUUAAUGAGGGAAACGCCUGCACCUUUCUUUACACAUUUACACUCCAACUUAGUCACACGGGUGAAAAGUACUGUAAGAUAUGAUAAUUCAUUACGCUUUUGAAUUCAGCUUCAAAGAAUACCUUCUAUUAGAAAUGAUAGUUAUUAAUAUAUCUUGCAGCUAAACACACAAAGACGUACACAUUUGUGGGUGCAGUAGGCUUGUACGCAAAAUAGGUGGAAUAGUCACAGACACUGUGUGCACCACUAAACGUCUCCUGCGUGGGCGAGAAAAGGAAGUCACAUUUAUCUGAGAGGUGGUGUGUGUGUGUGUGUGUGUGUGUGUGUGUGUGUGUGUGUGUGUGUGUGUGUGAAUCAUUCCACUCUCUCACACAUUGGAAUACCAGGUGGAGAAACGAAGAGGAGCAAAAAAAACAAAAAAUCCUACUUAAAUAGAGCCACAUUUAGCAUUAGCGCAGACUGGUUACAUUUGGCCAAGAUGCUCACAUUUCACAGAAUCCCAUUUUGAGCUUUUAACCUGUUCCCCGCUCAGACUACUCACCUUUUUGAGCCCCGGACAAAAGCUGAGAAGCUAAAAAUGGAAACAAUACACAGAUAUUACCGCUAUUGAGCACACUAAAUUACCAGAUCACUGGGAAAUGGUUGUGUUUUCCCUGCAUGAACCCGAUGUCAGUCCAGUUAAAUCUGCUGUGGGUAAUGGGUGGUCUACUCCUCUGUGUUGUCAUUUAAAAUACAGGUUGCAAUUCUGUAUAAAUUAGUGCUAUUGCAAGGGACCUAAAAUAGAAAGAAAGAGUGUCUUUGUUCUCUUCAAAGCAAACCUGCCUUCCUAUAUAUAUUAAUAACUAUAUAUACAGUAUAUAUACGUAGUGAGACUCACUUUGUGUGUUCAGUAUUGAUUAGUUGUGUACUGCUAUGUUCUAUCAGUGUAAUGACUGUAUCCUUGUAUAAUCUGAUGAUGUUCAUUUUGCAUUACGUCUGUCACUGUGAUCUCGUUAGUUGUUUUAACAUUCAAGUCUGGAUAUGUGUGUUUAUUUUUUAAGCCAGGUGGGGUUCAGUUGUUUUGGGGGGUUUUUUGUUUUGUUUUUUUUUGUUUUUUUUAUUGAAAGAGGAUGUAUUUUACAGUCAUCUGGUGAUGAAUAUGGCUAAACGGAGAAUAUAUCUGAACAAACCGUGCAUGGGAAAAAGGGGACACUUUUGAAAUAACUGCAUAAUUGCAUAUGAUACAUUCUAAUGGGCAGUGAGUAUGUAGCCUCCAGUCAUAUUCAGCCAGUAUUUGACUUUGCUAAUAAAGCCAUAAGCAGCGCAGUGCUUUAUCACAUUGGUGACAUGUCAGAUGAUGAAGGGAGAUGCAAGUAGGUGCAUUUUGCAGCAGCAGUGUUGUAACAAAGCGAGAGCUUUUCUGUAUGUACAAAUCUUUUCCUGUUUUUUUAAAAUAAAAAUCAGGAAUGAUCUCCAAGCACACCAACAAAUUCCUGAAAUGUAAUGGGUUCUCAAUGGCUUUAAACAUAGCGGGUGAGUAAAUCUCAGGACUAUGUCAUACAAUGUGAAACUUAGGGAUCACAUUUUAAAGAGUUCAUAUUUGUACUAUCAAUGAGACAAAGUUUGGGUCUCGAGAUCUGUGCAUGUUACAGGCCCUUUGCUAUUUACCCUAAUGGUACAUUAGACUCACCAAUUAGGGAAGAGAGUGAUCUCUCGCUGCCCAGCACACAUCUCCACUCAUCUAGCUAUGAAGUAGCAGUUAAGGGAACAUUCAUGAUUUGCUGAGGCUAAAAGCUUGGUGCUUUAAAAGAGUGCUGCUAGUCUCCAAAGGACAUGAAGGAAGCUUUUAACAGCAUACAAAGCACUAAGUUUAUUGACCACUGCUUCAAAGAUGAUACGAUUGGUCACUGCCCUAAGAAAUGAAAGGUCUCGCAGCUAAAGUUGAAUGGCUUUGCAUGGUAUGCUUAGGAGCUUCUCUGACUUCAUAAGAAUAAACCAGUAGGCGUUAAAGACAAAAAAUACUGAUAUAUCUUUUGACUUAAUAAAAGAUUCAAAUUUA